GGUGACGGAUUUGUUCAGGGGCGUUCUGCUAUUGGUUGCUGUUCGAAGGCCUAGGGCCCUGUUGUUUUGUGCCGGGUUUGGAACUGACGGGAGGAGGUCGCAGUGAGUGGGAUAACGUGCGCCGGCUGUUCGACGUGUGUCGGGAUGUUCUCCUUUGGUCUCUGAGGAGUUGCGGGACCGGACCAGCGUCUGUGCUUCAACUUUAGCAGAGCAAGAAAACAAGAUGUCCGCCCGAGCGGCCGGAGCAGCGGGCAAGAGCACAGUCAUGGAAGAGACAGUGAUAUGGGAACAACAGACAGUUACACUUCACAGGGCUCCUGGGUUUGGAUUUGGGAUUGCAAUAUCAGGAGGAAAGGAUAACCCCCACUUUCAGAGUGGCGAAACGUCCAUUGUCAUUUCGGAUGUGUUGAAAGGAGGCCCUGCUGAAGGAUUGCUGCAUGAGAAUGAUCGGGUUGCCAUGGUUAAUGGAGUUUCAAUGGAUAACGUGGAACAUGCUUUUGCCGUUCAGCAGCUGAGGAAAAGUGGAAAGAAUGCAAAGAUUACAAUCAGGAGAAAAAGAAAAAUUCAAAUGCCAGUGACAAGAGCAGAACCAGAUCGACAACCCAUCUCGGAACCCGAAGACGACAGUUAUGAAGAAGAGGUUUAUGAUCGUAAAAGUGCACGAAGUGGACUGAGUCCUUAUAGCGGGAGGAGAAGUGAGAGGAAUGUUGGGAGACAUGAUGAUAGAGAGAGAAGCUUGUCACCAAGAUCGGAGCGAAGAUCAGUUUCAUCAAACCUCCCUCCAAAACCUAUAAAAGUUACAUUGGUAAAAUCAAGGAAGAGUGAAGAAUAUGGUCUCCGAUUGGCAAGUCACAUUUUUGUGAAAGAGAUCUCUUCAGAAGGGUUGGCAGCCAAGGAUGGUAACAUCCAUGAGGGAGAUGUAGUGUUGAAGAUCAAUGGCACUGUUACAGAAAACAUGUCACUGGGAGAUGCAAAGAAGCUAAUCGAAAGAUCAAAGGGCAAGCUUAAAAUGGUGGUACAGAGAGAUGAGAGAGCCACGCUCUUAAAUGUGCCCGAUCUGGACGACAGUAUUCCUUCAGCAAAUGCUUCUGAAAGAGAUGAUAUUUCAGAAAUCCAUUCGCUGGUGUCCGAACAUUCUAACCGUUCAAAUGAGAGGCCACAACUGCGCAGCCAUUCUCGUUCACCUGAUAAACGGUCAGACUGGUCUGACCAAUCGCACCAUUCUCAACAGCCAAUCAGCAAUGGAAGUCAAAAGCCCCAUGAAGAUGAUAUGAGCAGAGGACCCAAACCAGGAGCAGUUUCAACACCAGUGAAAAGCACAGAGGAGACUUUUGCAGUUCAAGCUGUUGAAGAGCCGGUCACUGCAGUUGAAGAGAGAAUGGAAAAACAAGCUCCUCCAUUGCCAGAGCCAAAGCCAGUGUAUGCUCAACCUGGCCAGCCUGAUGUGGAUUUGCCCGUCAGUCCAUCUGCACCAAUUCCAAACUCGACGCAUGACGAUGGAAUGUUGAGGCCGAGUAUGAAGCUUGUUAAAUUUAAGAAGGGUGAAAGUGUUGGACUCCGUCUGGCUGGUGGGAAUGAUGUGGGAAUAUUUGUUGCUGGAGUGCUGGAAGAUAGUCCUGCAGCCAAAGAAGGUCUCGAGGAAGGAGAUCAGAUCCUCAGGGUAAAUAACGUGGACUUUGCAAAUAUCAUUCGCGAGGAAGCAGUCCUUUUUCUACUUGACCUUCCAAAAGGUGAGGAGGUCACUAUCCUGGCACAGCAGAAGAAAGAUGUAUAUCGACGUAUUGUGGAAUCUGAUGUGGGCGAUUCUUUCUAUAUCCGGACUCAUUUUGACUAUGAAAAGGAGUCUCCUUAUGGCUUGAGCUUUAACCGAGGUGAAGUGUUCCGGGUGGUGGAUACACUCUAUAAUGGAAAGCUGGGCUCCUGGCUUGCCAUUCGAAUCGGCAAAAAUCAUAAGGAGGUGGAGAGAGGCAUCAUUCCAAACAAAAACAGAGCUGAACAGUUGUCCAGUGUGCAGUACACACUUCCUAAAACUGCUGGUGGUGAUCGGGCUGAUUUCUGGCGUUUCCGUGGCCUCCGCAGCUCAAAGAGAAAUCUGAGAAAAAGCAGGGAGGACCUUUCUGCUCAGCCGGUCCACACCAAGUUUCCAGCUUAUGAAAGGGUCGUGCUUCGUGAAGCUGGGUUCCUGAGGCCAGUGGUAAUUUUCGGACCCCUUGCUGAUAUUGCUCGAGAGAAGCUUGCUAGAGAGGAGCCAGAUUUGUAUGAAAUUGCAAAGAGUGAGCCGAGAGAUGCUGGCACAGAUCAACGCAGUUCUGGGAUUAUUCGACUGCACACAAUCAAGCAAGUUAUUGAUAGAGAUAAGCAUGCCGUGCUAGACAUUACUCCAAAUGCAGUGGAUCGGUUGAAUUAUGCACAAUGGUACCCAAUUGUAAUUUUUCUAAACCCUGAUUCCAAGCAAGGAGUUAAAACAAUGCGACAAAGACUCUACCCUGAAUCUCGAAAAAGUGCUCGGAAGUUGUUUGAACGUGCCAUGAAACUGCGUAAGAACAAUCAUCAUCUGUUCACGUCUAACAUCAAUUUAAAUUCAAUGAAUGAUGGCUGGUAUGGAGCAUUGAAAGAAUCUGUCCAGCAGCAACAAAACCAGUUGGUUUGGGUAUCAGAAGGAAAGGCUGAUGGUACAGCAGAAGAUGACCUCGACUUGCACGAUGAUCGUUUGUCAUACCUUUCGGCCCCAGGCAGUGAGUACUCCAUGUAUAGCACAGACAGUAGACACACUUCAGAUUAUGAUGACACAGACACAGAAGGUGGUGCCUACACAGACCAAGAACUGGAUGAGACUCUCAAUGAUGAUAUUGGACCCACAGAAUCUGCCAUAACUAGAUCCUCGGAGCCAGUCAGGGAAGAUUCAUCUAUGAUGCAUCCGGAAUCCAUGCCACAAGCAUUCUCAUCUUUUCCAGGACAAGUGCAAAAUGUAGAUCCUUCUGUCUAUAAACCUCCACCCAAUCAUCCGAAAGCAGAUAUUCUUCCUGCAGUACUCAAUUCAUCCCAGCAACUUGAAUCUGUUCCUGUGGUGACCAUGCCCUCUGCAGUCAAUACCACAGUAGAUCUUAACAAUGUGAGACUUGAGGAGGUCGCCUCUCCUCCCCACAGCAGCCCUGAACCCCAGAUCGAUCCCUACAGCAAACCUAGUCCAGAACCUUCUCGUGUCAUUCGUUCUGUCAGUCCUCAGAGGCUAACAGUUCCAGAACCGACAGCAGCUCGAACUGCAGAGCCAACGAAGGUAUACCAGAAGGAGUUGUACAAUAAUGAACUUCCAGGGCACAAUCAUGAAAUCAAGCAGCUGGGAGGUAACCAUUCUGCCCUGAGAGCUGAUAAAGAAGUUCCACAGCAGUACAGAGGGUUUGAGCAGCAGCAACAUUUUGAGGAGCAACCUUACAGGCAUGAAACACAGCUUGCUUCAGGUUAUGGUUCUGUUUUGCAUUAUGAUGAAGACCCGCCUUGUUACAAUGAGAAGUGGCUACAUUAUAUUGAAAAACACGCUCCAUAUCAGCCUCCUUACUUUGAGGACCAAGUUCCACGUGAGUAUGAGCCAAAACAUCAAGAGCAUUACCCAGAUCGUGCCUACCAGCCUCGUCACGAGGAACCUCCGCCACCACCACCACCCUCCAGUCACGAGAACAGACUGCCACGUUAUGAUAAGCCACUUAAAAACUACAAGCCACCUCAACCACAGCUUAGUGAUCCUCGUCUUCGAUAUGAACAUGUACCGCAGGUUUUUCAUGCACCAGGGCCCAGAUCUUUGGAUCCUCAGCAACAGUAUUUUGACCCCCAAGUCCAGUCCUAUGAGCAGGGCCCAUCUCAAAGCUACAACUCCCUCCCCCGUCAAUUUGAACUGGUCCAUAACACAGACUCUUCUUUUUCUCCUCAACCACCUCCUCACACAAAAGCUGCAGAAUCCUUACAUUCUGUCAGUAAACCACAGCCUCCACCCGGGGGGGGGGCAAAGCCACAAGUAGAGGAUGAUGUGGACCCAGCAAUGAAGCCACAAUCAGUUCUUACCCGGGUAAAACUCUUUGAAAGCAAGAAAUCUACUUCAAUGAAGAGCAAGGACCCAGCUGAAAUAGCACCACUAAAGUCUCCUGAAGUAGCUCGUAAGCCUGCAUUAGUUCCCAUCUCCACUUCCAAGCCGAUCUUUCAGCCUACACCAGAGCAAGAAAAGCCUCCACAUUUAUACAGGAACCCUGAACCUCAAAUGAAAAUUCCAGAAGAAGCUCCACGAACAAACAAUUACAGCGCAGAUGAGGAUGAGGAAGAUUAUCGAAAACAAUUGUCUUAUUUUGGCCGCAGAAACUUGGAUCUGAAACCUGUAACUCAGCAUCCUCCCAGCAGCUACCCAGAACCAUCAGAGUUUACACUUCAGCCAAACUAUCCUGGAUACCUGUCCAGGAGUACAACAGCAGACUUUGAUCAUGUGGUCAAACCUAGCAGCACUGGCCUUCAGUCACGUUAUGGACCUCCUCAGCAGAGUUUGAACUCUUCAGUGCAUCCCAAGGUUUCUCCAUCUGAAGUGAGCUCAAUGUCACAGGAUGUACCCAGUGCCCUACAAAUGAAGCCAGAAAUACCUCAAAGCAAACCCCAGGCUUUGAGGGCUACUGCUCGAGAGGAAACUGUUCAUUCGAAUUAUUAUCUUCAGAAAAACUUCCCUGUGUCGGAAAGAGUGCCUAUAAAUGGAAUAGAGCAACCCCAAAAACAAGCUGCCACACCGUACAACCGCUUUGCCCCAAAACCGUACACAAGUACCGCACGACCUUUUGAGCGCAAAUUUGAGAGUCCAAAGUUUGAUCACAACCUCCUGCCAAGUGAACCUCAGCUUCAGCCCAAGCCUGAGACGUUGGUGAAGGCACACAGCUCUCCACAGCCUCCAGACAUCGAUAGUGGCACUGACACAUUCCCCAGACCGUCAGAUCACCGAGCCAAGUAUCAGGCUGUCCCUAAAGCUGUUCCUGUGAGUCCCAGUGCACUGGAAGAUGAUGACGAUGAUGAUGGGCACACGGUGGUGGCAACGGCUCGUGGAAUCUUUGACAGCAAUGGUGGUGUGCUGAGUUCUGUUGAGACUGGUGUGAGCAUCAUCAUUCCAAAGGGAGCCAUCGCUGAGGGAGUGGAGCAGGAAAUCUACUUUAAGGUCUGCAGAGAUAACAGCAUCCUCCCUCCGCUGGACAAAGAGAAAGGUGAAACACUCCUGAGCCCGCUGGUAAUGUGUGGACCCCAUGGCUUGAAGUUCCUGAAGCCUGUGGAGCUACGGCUGCCUCAUUGUGCAUCUAUGACUCCAGAUGGUUGGUCUUUUGCUCUAAAAUCCUCUGACUCCUCGUCGGGUGACCCUAAGAGCUGGCAGAACAAAUCAAUCCCAGGAGACCCUAAUUAUCAUGUGGGAACAAACUGUGUUUCAGUACUGAUUGAUCACUUUUAAGUAUGCAGAAGGGUGACCAACAGUAACAUCAGCAUACCUUAGCAGUGGGUGCAGCACAAGUUUAAGCAAUAGUUUCUUUACACACAGUCAUGUAUGGUUGUGUGAUAGCCUAAAACUUACAUUCUAAAUGCAGUGAUUGGGACUGCAGGUAAGCUUGCAAUGAAACAGCAAGUGUGAACUGUAACGUUUCCCCAGUUCCUGUGUUAACCAGCAGAUAUGCCUUGGCAUUUAUAGCUAUCAUUUACAAUACUAAAAAGAUUUUUCUAUAACUUUGCAGCCUUUACAUGUUUAUAUGGAUAACCAUAUUUCAGUUUAAAUGUAGAAGUUAAAUUUCUAUGACCUUUAGUUAUGAAGAGCUACUUGACUUUGAAUGACCUGGCUGGCAGGUGCAUUCUAGUGAGUUGGCAGCCUGCUGUGCUGUGGGAUUGGUAGAUGUCAGAGGUCUGUGGCUGUACAUAAACCCCAAUAUCACCUUGCAGCUUUGUUUGUAAAUUAACAUUUUUUAUGUCUUAUUUUGUAUAAAACAAACUGAAAACACUUUCUAAAGAAGAUCUUUAUAUUCUGCCGUUGAGGGGCCUUUUGAGCAGUUGUAAAAUUUUGCAGCAAUAAAAUCAAUACUAAAGUUUAAAACAAAAUCACUCAAGUUUUUGCAAAUUUGCAUUAAUGCUGCUGUGUUCUUUAGAAUGACUUGUCUGUGUAAAGGCAUGGGUCCUUUAUAAUUUAAGGCAAUGUUUGAGAAUGUAGGCGUGCAGUGAGUGAGAUCUAUCAAGUGUAUCUUUGGAUGAAGUGACAGGUUACUGUACUGUGUGUCCCAAAGUGUAUUUUUGUACUAAUAGACAAUAUAUUCUGGCACAGCAGUACAUGGCUAGCUGGCGAUUCUAACACAGCAUCUGUUAAUCACUUCACAUUGACAUGUGACUGACUUAUUUCCUGAAGUUACUCAAGCUACACCUUUCUAAAUAUACCACUAUUAUUGAAUAAAAACAUUUUUAAGA